AUGACUACCCUGCAUAGAAGGCCAGUACGGCCAGAUAUCGCUCGUAUAGUGGCGGACGCCUGGGAACAGGAACCCGAUAGCAAGGACACGCUGCAAGCCACCCUCUUGGUGAUACUACCACGCUUGCGAGUGUUCAAGGCUGGCCACCUAGGUGCGAGCCUCGGCCGUCUCCUCCGACGUCUCGCGGAGGAUCGCGACACGGGCAUGCUAGUAUACAUCCCGCUACAGACACUCGACACUAUCCAUCUACGAUCCCUAGGCACCCGCGCGCAAGAGCAGGACUUCGCGGCUGCGUUUUUCCUCCCUCGCCUUAGCGAGGUUCUUGUUUUUAGGUGGGAUAGAAAUCAGAGAUGGAGUGACGAUUCCGGCCGAUGGGACUCCCCAGACCCCACGGAGGCGCAGUCGACUAGGCUAAGGGCACUGUGGCCGCCGACCUCGACGUCUAGCGUCCAACAGAUAGACGUGUAUACUAUGCGAGCGUGCGACUCUAUCACCCUGGCGAUGCUCGACUGCUGCCAACAUCUGUGGGUGCUGCGUCUGGAGGCAUUCCAGCUGGUGCAGCAGGACGUGACGCUGCUACCCGCCUCGCUCGUCAAGCUGAAGGCCACUGGCGAUCUGGACUGGCACCGGGAGGACCGCAUGGGAAUCUUCCUUCGGAACCUGUUGGACGGCUGCGGGCGGUCGGGCUACUUCACCUGCCUCCGCUACAUCGACCUUCUAGGCGCUGAUGGGAUGGUCAGCUAUUCGCAGUGGAGUCUGGCCUUGAUGGACUAA